UCAUCAUCAUCAUCGUCUCCUUCCUCUCAUAGUCUCAUUUCGUCUCCAUCGCUCUUCUUAUCCUCCCCUCCGUCUCCCCCACAAAAUGCCGGCGAUCCUCCCCCUCCCCACCAAGAAGCCGAAGCCGAAGUCGAAGACGAAGCCGACGACGACGACGACGACGACGACGACGACGAAGAACCCCGGAAACGGAAACCCUAACAUUAGCAAACCCUCGCCGGCCCUCCGCGCCGCCCACUCCCGCACCCACUACCACAAGCCCGUGCCCCCCGGCGGCGCCGUCCUCGGCGAGGGGGAGCGCGCGGUGGUGGUGGGGGCCUCGGGGGUCUCCUACCGCCUCCCCGGGGCGCCCUUCGAGUUCCGCUUCAGCUACUCCGAGACGCCGCGCGCCGCGCCCCUCGCCAUCCGCGAGCCCGCGUUCCUCCCCUUCGCCCCCCCGUCCAUGCCGCGGCCGUGGACGGGGAAGGCCCCGCUGCUGUCCAAGAAGGAGAAGGAGCGGCGCCGGGGGAAGAUCCGGCUCUUCGAGCCCCUCGGAGGUGCGUCCGCGGAAGCGGAGGCGGAAGAGGGCGCCGUGGUGUUGGAGACGAGGGGGAGGAGGCCUCUGGAGCUGGGGAAUUACGCGGCGGGGGACGGGAGGAGCAGGGAGGAGGUGUUGGGGCCGCCGCUCACGAGGGCGGAGGUUAGGGCGCUCGUGCGCCCCCAUUUGUCCCACAAUCGCCAGGUUAAUCUUGGAAGGGAUGGGUUAACUCACAACAUGUUGGAGUUAGUACAUUGCCACUGGAGACGGCAGGAAGUUUGUAAAGUUAGAUGCAGAGGUGUACCCACUGUUGAUAUGAACAAUAUCUGCCGCCGCCUUGAGCAAUGGCAGGAGAAAACUGGGGGAAAGAUUAUACAUAGAAUAGGAGGCAUUGUAUAUCUAUUUCGGGGGAGAAACUACGACCCGCGUAAACGUCCUCGGUAUCCUAUAAUGCUAUGGAAGCCAGCUGCUCCCGUCUAUCCAAAGCUCAUUCAAGAAGCCCCGGAAGGGCUUACAAAAGCAGAAGCCGAUGAAAUGAGAGACAAAGGGCAAAGCUUGCUACCUAUCUGUAAAUUAGCAAAGAAUGGGAUAUACAUUAGCCUUGUGAAGGAUGUAAGGGAUGCAUUUGAGGGAAGCGAACUCGUAAAGAUUAAUUGCGAGGGGAUGCAUGCAAGCGAUUACAAGAAGUUAGGUGCAAAGCUGAAGGAACUGGUCCCUUGUGUUCUCUUGUCUUUUGACAAUGAGCAGAUAUUAAUGUGGAGAGGCAAAGAUUGGAAAUCAAAAUACUCGACGCCGAUGCCCUCUUUAUCAAAGCUUCAAUUAAGCGAAGGUGUUCUUCAGUCUGAUGUGAACAGUUCAGGUGAGUCAACUGGUCAUAGUGAUGAGACCACUGUGAGUAAAGUAUUGUGGAGUCCCAAAAUGUUUUCAUUGUGGAAGCGAGCAAUAGAUACACAGAAAGCAUUAAUGAUAGAUGGGAAUGAACUCAGUCCAGACUCUCUUCUUAAGAGGGUCGAGGAGUUCGAAGGUUUGUCACAGGCUGCAGAGCAUUCCUAUCCAGCUUUAAUACUAACCGGUGGGGAAGAGCCCAAUGCUAUGACUGCUGAAUCGAACGAUAAAGCGAAGAUGGGGAUUAGUCGUGACCCUAAGGAUCAUGACGAAGAGAUCGAUGGGACUGACAAUGGUGCCGACUAUGAAGGUUCUGAUUUCGAUUCACUUGAGACAGAUGUUGAAUCGUCAGUUCCUUUUGGUUCUUUACCUAUCGACUCCAUAGCAGAGAGGCUCAGCAGGGACUGUUAAAGCCCUGUUGCUUUUCCAAUCCGAGUGGGAUGGUGACAAUCUUGCCAUUCUGAAUGAAAAAUGAAGAGCAUUUGCGGAAUGUUUGAAAUCCAUCAAACUGACGGAUCCUUUCAGGUGCUCGCAUAUAAUUUUUCAAUGCUACCCACUGUUCCAGGAAAUUAAAAUAGGAUUGAUAUUUCAGCGAAAAGCAGGUUUAAGCGGCAUGGAAGAAGAUAAAUGUAUAUAGUAUCUCAUAACAGGUAAGCAAAUCUGGCAUUUUUGGAACCUUCAGAGCAAGGAUUAGGUGCCCGUGGGUACUGGUUGUGGCUACCAUACCAUACCGUGCUAACAAGAUAUUUGCACAAUAUGACUCCCGUACCGACGGCAUGAGUCAAAAUCCUUUUUUUCUUUGAAAUUAGCAAAUAUUUCCUCAAUGAAGUGGAGAAUAUUAGUGCCAAAGAAAAAAAAUUAUUUCAUGGCAUUGUUUGUAGGCACACGUAUAAUUUUUAUGAAUGACAUGUAGCACAGUACGCACCUUGCCAGGAAGUUUUCGGCACAAUCCUUUGCCAUGGCACUUAAAUUCUUGCUUAAGAUUAACGACUUCGUGUUAUCUCAUAUCUUUUAUCUUCUUUAUUCGUCUAA